AAGUCCAAGCCAGUACGGGCCGUCCAGGCUUGCGGCAUCUGCUAGCCGGUCGGGUCCUUCGGUCCCGGGGUCUUCGGGCGCGUCCGAAUGCCGAGGCCGGGGCUUUUGGUGCUCUUCGGCAGCCAGACCGGCACGGCUCAGGAUGUGUCGGAGAGGCUGGGCCGCGAGGCUCGGCGCCGGCGGCUUGACUGCCGGGUGCAGGCCUUGGACUCCUACUCAGUGGUGAAUCUGAUUAAUGAGCCCCUGGUGAUAUUUGUUUGUGCAACUACAGGCCAAGGAGACCCCCCUGACAACAUGAAGAACUUCUGGAGGUUCAUAUUCCGAAAGCACCUGUCACCGACCUCCCUCUGUCAGAUGGACUUUGCCGUGCUGGGCCUCGGGGAUUCCUCUUAUGCCAAGUUCAAUUUUGUGGCCAAGAAGCUGCACCGACGGCUGCUGCAGCUUGGGGGCAGUGCCCUGCUGCCCGCGUGCCUGGGCGAUGACCAGCAUGAGCUGGGGCCCGACGCUGCCAUCGACCCCUGGCUGCAGGAUCUGUGGGAGAAGGUGCUGGGGCUGUACCCGGUGCCCCCUGACCUGGGCGUGAUUCCCCCCGGAGUCCCUCUGCCCUCCAGGUUCACCCUCCACUUCCUUCUGGGGACCCCCAGGAUGCGCUCCGAGGAGCAGCAUGUGGCCCACGCAGACCCCCCAGGCCCCCCUUCAGAGCAGCAGCCCUUCCUGGCACCCAUGGUCAUCAACCAGAGGGUCACCGGCCCGUCUCACUUCCAGGACGUCCGGCUGAUCGAGUUUGACAUCACAGGCUCUGGGCUCAGCUUUGCACCUGGCGAUGUGGUGCUGAUCCAGCCCGAGAACCAGGCCAGCCACGUCCAGCAGUUCUGCCGGGUGCUGGGCCUGGACCCCAGCCGGUACUUCACGCUGCUGCCCCGGGAGCCAGGUGUCCCCUGCCCUGCGCAGCUGCCCCAGCCCUGCUCCGUGAGGCACCUCGUGUCCCACUACCUGGACAUCGCCAGCGUGCCCCGCCGCUCCUUCUUCGAGCUCCUGGCCUGUCUAUCUCCCCAUGAGCUGGAGCGGGAGAAGCUGCUGCAGUUCAGUGCCCCCCAAGGUCAGGAGGAGCUGUAUUCAUACUGCAACCGGCCUCGCAGGACCAUCCUGGAGGUCUUGUGUGACUUCCCGCACACGGCUGGAGCCAUUCCCGUGGACUACCUGCUGGACCUCGUACCCCCGAUCCGCCCGCGGGCCUUCUCCAUCGCCUCCUCUCUGCUGGCUCACCCCUCAAAGCUGCAGAUCCUCAUCGCUGUGGUGCAGUACCAGACGCGCCUCAAGGAGCCCCGCCGGGGCCUCUGCUCCUCCUGGCUGGCGUCUCUGGAUCCUGGGCGAGGUCCUGUCCAGGUGCCUCUGUGGGUGCGGCCUGGGAGCCUGACCUUCCCGGAGACACCAGACGUACCUGUGAUCAUGGUGGGCCCUGGCACUGGCGUGGCCCCUUUCCGAGCAGCUGUCCAGGAGCGAGUGGCCCAGGGUCGGACCGGAAACUUCUUGUUCUUCGGCUGCCGCUGGCGAGACCAGGACUUCUACUGGGAAUCGGAGUGGGUAGAGCUGGAGAGGAAAGGCUGCCUGAGGCUCUUCACUGCCUUCUCCCGGGAACAGGUGUGUGUGCGGGUGGGGAGGGGCCAGGACACGGUCACACCGUCCCCACGCCCUGCCCCACCCCCUCCCGUAGGAGCGGAAGGUGUAUGUGCAGCACAGGCUCCGGGAGCUCGGGCCGUUGGUGUGGGAGCUGCUGGACCACCAGGGAGCCUACUUCUACCUGGCGGGCAAUGCCAAGCGCAUGCCCGCAGAUGUGUCCGAAGCCCUAACGUCCAUCUUCCAGGAGGAGGGUGGGCUCUCGGGCCCUGGGGCAGCAGACUACCUCGCCAGGCUCCAGCGGGCGCUGCGCUUCCAGAGUGAGACGUGGGCCUAAGAAGCCAGCCUGCCAGUCUCAGCAGCUCUAAACACUGCCCUCCGGGAGGCCGCUGUCCCCUUCCACCCUGUCCCCUGCACGGCCUCACUCCAGUCGGCCUGGGGUCCUGUACUCAGCCCUUACGUCGCUGCCAGCUCACCACCCCACCCUGCCCCCAUCCAGGGUGGCAGGCGACUGCUGGCCUCUCCCCACUGGCGCCAGCCUGGGUCGGGGUCAGGAUGGCCCCUGGGCUGCUCCACCCUGCAUAAGGGCGGGGCCCAGGAAGGAACGGGCAGCCUGAUGGGCACGGGGCCCAUGGAAGCCUGGGGGACAGCAGGUUCCCAGUCCCCCUCUGCCACUUCUCCGCGCCCUCCCAUAGAGUAGGGGGUGCUGUCAGGGCCUCGCGGGGCCGGGGCGGGGCUGGCAGGCGGUGAGCACCAGAGGAGACCCCCAGCUAGUAACUCUCCUCACCCUGUUCCCGGAAGGCCUCCGGAAUAAACUGUGGGCCCUGGGAGGCUGCUUCUGACCUC